UACCGCUUUGAGCUGGUCAGAACUCCUCCCAGACCCUGGGGGCGGACUGACAGAAGCUCAGCCCCUGGGGUCUGGCUCCAGUCCUUUCCCCGAUCGAUUGGGGAAAGGACCAGAUGGUAGAGGAGCUCGGCUUCUUCUCCGCUUCUGCUCUCAGACUCUCAUUUAAAACCAGCGGUCUAUUUCAGUUGCUUGAAGUAAUUUGAAGGUUCAACUAUUUUGAUAGAGGAAAUAAUAUCAACAAGCUUCAAAGGACCAAAAAAUAACUUUUAACAAAGGACAGUUUUUAAAGAAUUCUUUUUAAAUUUUCAGAACUCAAUUUAAAAGCAGCAUUAUUUUUUAUGAUUUAUAUUUCCUCCCACCAUGUUUGUCACUAGCCUGCAGUUCCCCAGCACAGUUUGCCCAGGCAACAGUAAUGGAGAGGAGGCAAAUACAACACUCCAGCCAUCAACCGUUUUUGGACGAUCUAGAACUGAGAAAGCAGUGAGGAGGGCACAGAGGAGAAGCAACAUGUCUGCUGUAGAUCUCAGACGAGAAGAAAUGGCUGAUAAGCUCAAGUAUCCACUCGUCCUUCUGGCUCCUGUUAUCUUGAUUCUUAUGUUACUUCUUAUUCUAUUUGGUAUUUACAUACUAAAACCGUUUCACAAGGUCUUAAAUUUCACUGGCAGCACCUGCACUGUGCUUGGGACCCAACAGGAACCUCAGGGCAGUUGUGGCUCUGGGAGAGACACAUUUUCUCCUUGUGUUCAGAUCAAGGUUAUUUUUCAUCUACCUGACGGUUCCAAGAGGAGUGCCAUUAUAAUGGAGAAUGAACAAGCUUUGGUAAACUGUCAGCAGUGCUCUUUUACUUUUGGUCGUCAUGGGGUUUUUGCUGAUCGUUUAGUGCACUGUCAAGGCUGGCGAGAAGACUACAGUAGAUCUGCUUGUGUAGUGAAUUAUCUUCAAGAUUUUGGGCAGAUUAAUACCACCUUCCCAUGUUUCUACAAUCCAUUCAAGCCUCAUGAAGUGAUCAGGGAAAAACAGCUGACAUGGGGAAUGGCAGUGAAUUCCCUUCUGUGGCCAUUGCUGGGCUUUUUCGGGUAUGGAGCUGCAGGUGCCUUUGUUCUAGUUGACUGCAGAAAGCGAAGAAAAUCGAACACUCUCUUGGAGAAUCAGGAUGCUAAAACUGAAAAAGAAAAGGAGCCAAUGAAGAGGCGUAGGAGAGGGAGCAAAAUAGCCUGUCGUCAUGGCAAUAAUUUUUCCAGCUACCCAACUGUGAUCAGUGGUUCCCUCAGUUGUACUUGUUUGGAUCAUGCUGUGGAGGACCGUCAAACUACCUCAACACCCAGAGUUGAAGCAUCUUGGACCCACCCAUCAGCCGUUCUCUGGACAGAGCAAGACCUUUUGGAUCUUGAGCACUUGGAUUUAGCUGUAGCAGAAUAUACCCAGAGCAGGCCACCAUCUAUCUAUUCCAAUGUUUAUGUAUCACAGGAUGGUGAGGCACUUGCAGAUAGUGAAACAGAAUGGAGCACACUUCGUGGGAAUAUGGAUUUUGGAAUAUCAGAACAAGAUAUUGAUUAUUAUUUUGCUAGCAUUUCCAGAAGGCAUAGCUUUCGCCAAAAUAUUCUCCCAUUUCAUCCAUUUAUGGUCGUGGGUGAAACCAGAGUGUGA